ACCAGCUGAAGGUUGGGGAAGGAGGGGACGAGGGGCGAGUGAGAGGAGUGAGCGACGAGAGAGGUUUGUGCUGUAGGCUCGCACUCUCCAAGUCGAUCUGUCUGUGGCUAAAAUUUAACUUGACUGGGAAAGGUUCAAGCACCCUACCUACUGUCGAACUGGUUUCCCGGGCUUGGCGAGAGCCGACCGCGAGAGACCGGCCUGAGGUGGUUGGCGAGGGAAGAAGCAACGAGACGAAGAAGAACAAGAAAGAGAAAGAAAUCCUGCGGAGGUAGGCGCUUUGCGGAAACGAAACAAAAGAAUCCUAGUGGUGUGGUGAACGUGAGAAACUCGGGUGCGCACGCAGGUCUGGUAGCCGCGGUAGCGUCUGGGGCUGCAGUGCUGUGCCUAGCAUCCACAACUAGUGAAUCGUUCCUCCUGGACGGAAAGAUGGGGACUGCUUCGAUCUGUCUGACCGGCAUUGUGCUGAUGGUGUGGAUUGUACCGCAGACUGAGGGCAACCUGGCCUGUCCGCCCCGGUGCUUGUGUUUCAGGAGCAAUGUUCGGUGCAUGUUCCUGCAACUGGAGACUAUUCCUACCGUGCCACAAGACACCACAGUUCUGGAUUUGAGAUUUAACAAAAUCAGAACUAUCCCAAGGGGAGCAUUUGAGGGACUACCCAAUCUAAACACGUUAUUGCUCAACAACAAUGAGAUAGAGACCUUAGAAGCUGGUGCAUUUGAUGGAAUACCAGAGCUGAGAUACUUAUAUUUAUACAAGAAUAAACUAGUUACUCUAGACAGUGAUGUUUUUAAAGACCUUCCAAAGCUGGAACAGUUAUUUCUACACAGUAACCAAAUUACCAGACUUCCAAAAGGAAUAUUUGCACAUACUCCCCAUCUACGGCGAUUACGCCUAGACUCCAAUGCCUUGAUAUGUGACUGUGAUAUAAUGUGGCUAGCAGAUAUGCUGAAAGAGAAGCAUGCCCACACCCAGGCUGCAGCCACCUGUGAAUACCCACAAAAUCUGCAGGGACGUUCUCUUAUGAGCAUUAACAAGGAGGAUUUGCGAUGUGAGAAACCAACCAUCACCAUGGAACCUCGAGAUGUGGAUGUUACUUUUGGCAAUACUGUAUAUUUCACAUGUCGUGCUGAGGGAUCACCCAAUCCAGAAAUUGUGUGGAUGCAUAAUAAUAACCAGGUGGACAUAUCAGAAGGUCGCUUCAGCCUGCUGCAUGAUGGCACCCUCAUGAUCGAGGAUGCACAGGAUGCUGAUCAAGGAUCAUACGAAUGUAUUGCCCGCAAUGUUGCAGGCGAGGUGCACUCCAACCAAGUCACACUGAGGUACUUUGGCGAGGCAGUUGUACCAACAUUUGUGCAAAAACCGCAGAACAUAUCUGCUGUGGAGGGAGAGACUGUACAGUUUGUCUGCCAUGCUAGUGGACACCCACGUCCAACCAUGAGUUGGACUAAAAAUAUGCGUCAGAUGGGGCCGGAUCCCAGAAUCACUGAACAGGAAGAUGGAACACUGACCAUCACCAAUGUGCAGGAAAGUGACAAAGGGGAAUAUCAGUGCUAUGCUCAAACACUGUGCAAACUAUCUCUGCUUCAGGUCACUUUGCACCCAAUCAUUGACUUGCCGCCAGCAGACACAAGUGUUGUUGAAGGCAAUCCUGCAAAUUUCACCUGCAAUGCUCGUGGAGAUCCCACACCUAGACUUAGCUGGCUUAAAGACAGUACUGAGAUUCCAAGGAGUACUGAAGACUUUGAGUUGCUGUCUAACAACCACAUUCUGCUGGUAAGACGGGCAACUAGAACCCUCCAAGGAAUCUAUACAUGCCGAGCAGACAAUGCAGCUGGAUUUAUCACAGCCUCAGCCAGGCUUUUCAUCGUUGAGAGCACCUUGCCAUCUUUCAGCCAAGCAAGUGAUACAGUGACAGCUAUUGCCGGCACAGACAUCACUCUGCGAUGCCAAGCCACAGGCCAGCCUGACCCUCUUUAUGAGUGGAUGCAUGAUGGAAGAAUAGUGGAGAGUCGUAACAGCAUCACUGUCAGUGCUGGUGCCCUGUCCAUCACUGGUGUCAGUCUUCAGGAUGCUGGACGGUAUGACUGCAUUGCAGAGAAUGCUCUUGGACGUGCUACCAAGUCCAUCUUCUUGCAGGUGCAAGGUACCAGUGGAGCUCGUCCAGGAGAUCGCUUUGUCACCAAUGCAAUUGUGGAAGCAACAAACCGUGUCAACACUGCGGUGAACAAUACUUUAGCAGAACUGUCUGAUCGCAAUCGCCGCCUCACUAUUUCUGAUCUGAUUCGCACAUUUAGAUACCCAGGUCCUGAGGCCCUGGAACCAGCACGUGCAGAAGAGAUUUUUGAGCAGACUCUGGAGAUAAUCCAGCAGCGGGUCCAAGAUGGCCAAAACUUUGAUCUACAAGGCUUUGAGAAUUCCUACCGUGAGUUGGUCUCCCCUGCCCACCUGCACAUGAUUGCCAACAUGUCAGGUUGUCUGCGGCAUGUACAUUCCGUUGACUGCUCAGACAGCUGCUUCCACCGCAAAUACCGCACCAUGGAUGGCACCUGCAACAACCUACACAAUCCAACAUGGGGUGCCGCAAACACAGCACUCCAGCGCCUGUUGGAUCCUAUCUAUGAAAACGGGUUCAACACACCAGUAGGAUGGAACAAGGGGAAGCUGUACAAAGGCCUUCAUCUGCCUAGUCCCCGACUUGUAUCAUUGCUUAUGUCUGCUCCUCACAUCACUGAUGACGACAAGCACACCCACAUGCUAAUGCAGUGGGGGCAAUUUCUGGACCAUGAUCUUGACCUUGCACCCCAAGCCAUCAGCUUUGCCCAGUUUGCUGAUGGCACUCGUUGCAAUGAGACCUGUGAAAACAAGAACCCCUUUCCUAUCCCAGUCCCCACAAGUGACUUGCGUAUUCAGAGACAUGCCUGUCUGGGUGUUACGCGCUCUGCAGCCACUUGCAAUUCCGGAAUGACCUCCUUGUUUUACAACACAGUGGCACCACGGCAGCAACUAAAUGUCAUUACAGCCUUCAUAGAUGCAUCCAAUGUUUAUGGAAGUAGUCUUGAUGAAGCUGAGAAUCUGCGAGAACGGACAAGGGAUCGUGGCUUGUUGCGAGUUGGUCCUCUCACCAACGGUGGUAACCGUUUGCUACCUUUUGACGAUUCCACUUUAGCCCCUUCUGAUUGCCAGAUAGAGCCUGGCAAGAGGCACGUCCCUUGUUUCCGAGCUGGUGAUCAUCGUGUUAAUGAGCAGCUAGCCCUGACAGCCAUGCAUACAGUUUGGAUGAGGCAGCACAACCAGAUUGCAACCGCUCUGCUGCAGAUUAAUAACCACUGGGAUGGAAAUAAGGUGUAUCAUGAAUCCCGGAAAAUUGUAGGUGCCAUAAUGCAGCAUAUAACCUAUGCCCACUGGCUGCCUAUGAUUCUUGGUCCAAAGGGGAUGAUGAUGAUGGGGCAAUAUGAGGGCUAUGAUCCCACAGUGAAUCCUACAAUUGUGAAUGAAUUUGCAACUGCUGCAAUGCGUUUUGGGCACUCAUUGAUACAGCCUAUUUUGUUUCGGCUGAAUGAGACAUUCCAGCCUAUUCCUGAAGGAAAUCUUCCACUGCAUAGGGCAUUCUUUGCACCAUACAGACUUCUUGAGGAGGGCGGAAUUGAUCCUUUUCUUCGAGGGUUAUUUGCUGCUCCAGCCAAAAAGCGAAUGCCUGGAGAGUUCCUCAACACUGAGCUGACAGAGAAACUUUUUGUGAUGGCUAAUGCUAUAGGGCAGGAUCUUGCAUCACUUAACGUUCAGCGUAGCCGCGACCAUGGCCUGCAGUUUUACAAUGACUAUCGUCCAUUGUGUGGAUUGCCAAGGGCUAACACAUUUGAAGAUCUUCGAAACGAGAUUCAUCAUCGUGAUACGAGGAGCAAACUUGAAGCCCUAUAUGGUCAUCCAGAUAACAUUGAUUUGUUUAUUGGAGGCAUGAGUGAAACACCAUUAGAAGGAGCCAAAGUUGGCCCACUUUUCACCUGCAUUCUCUCUGGCCAGUUUCAGCGUGUCCGUGAUGGUGACAGGUUCUUUUAUGAAAACCCAGGAGUCUUUACUCCUGAACAGUUAACGGAGAUCAAGAGAACUUCCCUCGCUCAGGUGAUAUGCCAGAGUGGUGACAACAUUCGACGUAUACAGCGUGAUGUCUUUAUUCGAGUUAAAAGCGAUGAUGAGUAUGUUAACUGUGACAGUAUUCCACGUCUUGAUCUUCGCAUGUGGAGCGACUGCUGUGAAGAUUGUCGUCGCCGAGGAAGUUUCAACUCUUUUGCCAGUCACUUCCGUGGACGAAGAUCUGUAGAUCAUAGCUAUCCUGAAGAUCACCCCACAGGCAACACAACAGAGAAGAAUGAGCUACACUCAGAAGAAGAAACAGAUGAGAUGGUACAUGAAAACAGAAAUGCCACAGAGCAGCUGAGACCUGCUGAAAAGGAUACUUGUUCAGGGAAGACGUAGACAUAAUGGAAGGCCGCAUUGAAGGCAUGGAAGCAGCCAUGAUGGAAAUGAAUAAUCUUGUGCACAAAAUGCAGACUAAGGUAACAUAUCUUGAAAACAAGCUUAAGAGCAAGCAGGCAUCACAUUGUAAAGAUGAGUCACGCAGAUUACAUCACCAUGGCACACGGUGGAAAAAGGGUCUGUGUACAACCUGUAUAUGCAAGAGGGGUCAGAUAGAGUGUGCAGCAGAUGCGUGUCCUACACCUAGCUGUCCUGCACCAGUUCCUGUGGAAGGAGAAUGCUGCCCAAGAUGUUGAAAUUUUGAGACCAUACUGAUGCAGAGGGACAAGCAGUUUUUUCACUCAGACUUCAUCCCAGGUUGACUUGUUCACUCUUUUUAGCAACUAGUCCACCGCCUGCCUGUAUUGUGGUGCUGUGAUCUACAUUUAUACUAUAGAUGUGUCACUUAUGCCACUCCAGUCUUCACUGCAAAUGCAGAGUUCAUCAUUGCAACCUGGAGAGCCAUGGGAUAAUAGUAUUAUGGACUGAACUUCAUCAUGAUGUGUUGUCAAAACAAAAAUGUUCAUACCUUUAGACAUCCUGCCAAAGUCUGCUAAGGUUUUUUUUUAGGUGUUUUUAGAUGUAUGUGAUUUUUUUCUUUUUUUUGUUUAAUUAAAGGUGUGUGAAUGCAACAUUAGACAUUGAGACAUUAUUCACAGUUGUGAAACUUUGCUAGGCAAAGACUAUUGAUGUUACAGUUUUGUUUUGGAAGUGGCAGGCUUAUUCUGGCUGUUGAAUGGUGCAAAAGAAUGGGUUGUUUUUUGCAAUAUAUUCUUCAAACUGCCAUCUCUUUUGAGAUAUUCAUGCAGUAUGCAGUGCAUCAGGGUAUGACUAAAAAAAAAACCAAAUCCCCUCAAUUAUAGACUCAACCUCAUCUGGGUGUUAUGUGUAAUGAAAUCUUAUUUGAACAUUAUAUUAAAAGAAGUACUUGUACUGUGUAUUCAUAGUUUCAUUUUUCUGUUUUAUUUUUGCACACAUACUACUAAAAUUGUGCCUUGAUCUUGGUCUUCCAAAUGCAUAUUUUUGCAGCCUACUACAUUAAACCCAUUUGCUACAUAUUGACUUUCUUAUCCAUAUUGGGCUUACCAUAAUGACAUGGCACCAACUCUAAAGCUAUACAAAGUAACUAAAAAAAAUUUUUUUUCUUGUAAGACAUCUCAGUAGUCUCCAAAAUCUUAGAUACCUCUUCAUGCACAAAGGUAAAUAAAUGUGGAAGAGUAUAUAAAACAGAUCACUGGGACAUAAAUGUUGAGGACCACUAUACACUGGUAAACCUCUUGAUACGUUUCAGUACAUGAGCUGCCUCAUAUUCUCCUGUGCUUCUGUGGCCACUAAUGUUUUAUGAUUUUGACUAGACCAAGCAAAGAAAGAUCAAAGGAGUGUUAAUGACCUUCCAAAGUCUUCACUGCCUAUUGACUUUUUAUGUAAUCAAACACUAAUUACAAAUUGUUAAUAAUGGUAUGUGAAAACAAGCGUCUCCACUGCGUACUUUGCCUUUAGACUGUAACUUGGAUUAUAUGGAGAUGGGGUGGUGUGGUAUGUAUGCAUAUGUCAUUAAAAAAUAAUUCUGAAGACCAUGGGCUGGAAGUUGGUGCAGUUCUUAUAAAAGUACAUGGGGCAUUUUUUCAAGACUGUUGCUCAUGAAAAUGAAAGAAUGAGUUAAGUAAGCCCUUCGUGUUUAUUUUAAAUGUUCAUGUUCAUCGACAUAUAAGGCUGCAUUGGCACUGCUUUCAUUUAAAAUCUUUUCAGCUUUCUAGGAGGGCAGUGAUUUAAAAAAGAAAGUCUCUUAUCUCAUCUACCUCCAUUUUUCUGGUGUGAGACUGUUUGAUGAGCAUAUGGUUUAUCAUCACAACCAAAUUCAAAGGAAAAAACCCCAGAAACUUGAAGGAUAAAAUAGGCUGAAUGUAUAUUAUAUAUUAUCUAGGUAUUCCUGAAGAAAACUAUAAAAUUAAGUAUAUGUAUUUGUAAAUUCUGAGAAAUUAUGUUUCAAAUAUAAUGUGCAAGAUAAAUGACCAAAAUAACUAAUUUUUUGAAUAUGCACUAUAUGGUGGUGACAAAGGAUAGUCAAUUAACUACUGAAGCUUAGAUGCACAUUCUUCUACAAAAAUUGUAGCAUUUCUUUGUAGAGAAUUUUUUUUGAUUUCCUGUAUGUUUCUAUCAUGUGCCCCAUCUGUAGACUUGGAAAAUGUAUUGAAGGUUCUUUGACCAUUUUUGUCUCACCCUCAAUUCUGUAACUUUCUACUUUGUCUGUAUAGAUGUUUGCAGCCUAGUUAUUAAAAUAUCUGUUUCUAAAAGAAAAUGCAACAAAAGAUUGUUGUGGGUGGAGGUAAAAAGUUCUGAUUACUGUUCACAGUGGAAUGGAGAAUGUAUCAUAAAAGUAGAUUUUUGAAGAUUUUUUUUUUGUUGGUUCAACUGUCGGUGGGAUAGAUAGUAAUGGUUAUUGCUUAUCUUCUUAACCCGCCCCUCUUCCUUUCGAGAAAAAAGCAUUGUGACAGCAGAAAUAUACUUAUUUCAUAUAUUUCUUUUUGCAGAUUGGGAAAAACUAGUAAUAGUAAAACAGCUGACAUUUAUUUAAAUGGUAUAUAUGUUUGUGUUUGCAUAGGUGAGCUUGCAUCAUUUUUCUGUUUUAGCUUUUUAGUGUUAUUCAAUAUCAAUGCAAUUCAUUUGUGCCGACCAAGGCAGGAGACAGAUAAUACUGGAUUUAUCCUGAAAGAUGUGAUACAGUUUGAAAAUUAGUUGCCUACCAUUUUACACUUUAGAUGCAUAAUAAUUUAGAAACUUUAUAUUUUUAGCAUAAUGUUUGUGGUGUUUGUUUUCAGUUGUGAUGCAUGCAAAAGACUGAGAGAAAAUAGUGUAUUCUGUGGCAAUAGGAGACAUCAGACAUAAGCUCUGAAGCCAAAUGUUAUGCAAUGUAAUGAGAGAUUUUCCUAAUACAAAUGAAAAUGUGCAGUACCCAUUUUGGCUUCCAUAAUAAUAACACUUUUUGAAUGUUUUGCAUGUCUUCCAGAUUGAAUUUGGAUUCCUUUUGUCGGAAUUGUGUUUUAAAUUAAAGGUUUCUUAGUUUGUAUUGUUAUUAAAUGUAUCAUUUACUAAAUUUUAAAAAGGAAAGAGUUCUCUAAUUUUAAAACAAAGGUCAGCUAGAGCGACCUGCUCACACAGACAUGUAUGCAUGAAUAGUAUGCUGGCACCCAAAAGUAAUUGCUUGUGUCCUUAUAUCUUUAGGUUGCUAGCAUGUGCAUAGGUUUGUAAAAUGUCCUUGUGCAUAUAAAGAUGCAUGCACACAUCCACCUUCAUUGACAUACCUGAGCGGUCCGGUGGCGCAACGGUUAGCGCUGUUAGCGCUUGUCACCAAUACAGUGAAGGUUGGCUGCCCUGAGUUCAUUUCUCGUCUCGGGCACGUUGUUCUUUCUCUGCACGUGGCAUCUGUUUACAGGGCUGGCUGCUUGCCGUGAUAUAGCCUUAGCUGCUGACACGGCGUAAAACACCAAUUUCCUCCCCCCCUCCUCAUUGACAUACCUGCUCAUAAGUAUAGAUGUAUUCACACCUUUAAACAGUUGCCCCAUGCAUGCAUGUGUACAUAGUCUUGUUGCCCCACACCCAUGCCUUAUUUUCUUGGUCUCAUAAUUCACACAAAAUAUUUCUUUGGAAAAAAUGUACUUUCAUAGCAAAGGUAGUGCCAAACAAUACUGCCAAAUUAAGAACACUUCUACUCAAUCUCUAAACAGUCACGUAUGGACUAAAAAUAGAGGAAACAUUCCAAUAGGUAGCAGUAUAAUAUAAAAUGUCGUAUUUCAAUUUUGCAUGUUCAAGUUGAUCCAUGCAAAUAUUGUGCAUGAGGCAAAAACAAUAUUAGAUAACUACUGUUCUCAUUUUUAUACACAUAAAUAGGACACAAGAGGGGAGCAGAGAGCCUGGUGCUUACACCACAGCAUCUGAACCUGAAGACACACACUUGUGGGUUUCACACCCCUGUGAUGCAGCCUACUUUCCCAAGUUAAUAGUGUAGUGGGUAACUAAAUGUAGAGGGCUGGGGAAGAUAAGGCAGUGAGAUAGAGAAGAUGGGCACAGCUCUUUCAAAAGUUGGCUCUAAGACAAGUAAUGGCUCAAACACCUCACUUUCCUAAGAGAAUAAGGUCACGAGACUAUACCUUUACCAUUUUUCAUAUGAGCACGUAACACAGAAAAGUGCUUGUCAGGAUCAGAAGACAAUACAAUCAGCAGUAAACAUAUGAUGCGUGCAUCUCUAUAUUUUGCAAUGAUUGUAGAUGAAGAUUUUUAUUUAACUUUUAAGAUCCACAAUUGCAGUAGCUGUAUUUUUUUAUGUACAGCUUUUUUUAAAAUCACUGCCUGUAAGCAUGGGUAAAGUUCCUUGUAAAACAUGUUAGAAGCAUCAAUAUUUUCUAGACUGAUAAUGAAUCUGGCAUAAGUUUUUUUAAAUAUAUUUGUUUACUUUCUGUGUAUAUCUUGAAUACUUGCACCUGACUUUUAAUACUAGAGAGGUGUAAUAUACUAUGCAAAAUGUAAUUUCCCUACUUGUCUGAUGAAUUACUUGCAAUAUUCUUCUAACUUACAAUCAUCAGAAUAAACACCAUUCAUACAGUU